AGAAGACAGUCACCACAGAGCAUGUCUGCUGGAUUGCAGAAGACUUACAAAUUGCCGGACAUGGCCUAUGAAACUCCUGUGCUACCUGCUGGGGUUGGAAUGGAUCAGGAUGCCGUCACCUCCAAUCAGAGCUGUGAUGUGUACAUCUAUAAGGAAGUAGCCCAGGUCCUUUUCCCCAUCUUUUACACCCUAGUGUUCCUGGUCAGCAUCUUAGGCAACAGCCUGGUCCUCUACAUCACUUGCCUUCAGCAGCAAAAAUUCAACUCCACCUCACUGUAUUUGGUCAACCUGGCAGUGUCCGACACCCUGUUCUCCCUGGCGCUGCCAGGCAGAAUCGCCUACUACAUCUUAGAAUUUGACUGGCCCUUUGGGGACCUCUUGUGCAGACUGACCACUGUCAUUUUUUACACCAACACAUAUGCCGGCAUUGCCUUCAUGACCUGCAUCAGCCUGGACCGCUACCUGGCCAUGGUACACCCCCACAGGCUCCUCUACCUGAGGAAGGUGCAGGUGGUGCGGGGCAUCUGCGGCCUGGUGUGGCUGCUGGUGUUCCUCCAGACCGCCCCGCUGCUCUUCAGGAGCAUGCUCGGCGACAACAGGGGCAAGCGCACCUGCAUGGAGUACUUCAGCUUCGAGGGCUCCCGCUUCCUGCCACACCUGCUCCUCACGGCUUGCACCAUCAGCUUCUGCAUCCCCCUUUUGGUAAUCCUGGGCUGCUACACCCAGAUCAACCUGAAGCUGUCCCGGGCGGCCCGGCAGAACUCCGUGGCCAGCCGCUCGGGCCGAGGCCACCGGGCCAACAGCAUCAUCCUGCUGGUUCUCUUCACCUUCGUGGUGUGCUUCAGCCCCUACCACGUCAACAUCAUGCAGUUUAUGGUCCGCAAGCUGCUCCGUGAGCCCUCCUGCGAGGAGCUGAGGGCCUUCAAGAUGUCCCUGCAGGUCACCGUCUCCAUGAUGAACCUCAACUGCUGCCUGGACCCCGUCAUCUACUUCUUCGCCAUCAAAAGCUACAAGCAGCGGGUGAUGAGCCUGCUCAGGGGCCACCUGUUCACGUCCGUCCUGUCCUCCAAAACCAUGACCGACAACAGCAGCAGCAACACUUAA